AUGUCCGAGGAGACAAUCAAAGCGUUAAAAACAAAGCGCGGAGCUGCUAAACGUUCAUUAACAGCAUAUGAAAAUUUUUUAAAGCGGUAUAACCCGGAAAAGGAUUUUGCGAUUCUUGAAAAAAGGUUUCAGGAAAUAGAAAAGGCUAGAGAAUCGUUUGAAACUUGUCAAUCCGAACUUGAAUCAUUCGCUGCAAACGAUGAAGAAGUAGAAAUUCUUCACAAGUAUCGGGAAGAGUUUGAGGAGCAGUACUUCGAGACAUACGGUAUCGCGACCGGUUUUUUAUCUCCAAAAUCAGUAAAUUCAUCGCAAUCACCGGCUUCCAUCGCGGGUUCUAAUGUUGAGUUUAAUUCGGAAGACCCCAAACUCUCCUCUCCUAAUCAGAUACAGUCGAACUCAAUCAACAUCCUCGAUAAUAUUACUAGCAACUCUAAUAAUAAUAAUAUCGAUAAUAAUACUAGUAGCUCUAAUAAUAAUCAUGUUGAUAAUCAUACUAGUAAUAUUAAUAAUAGUAAUAUCGAUAAUAAUACUGGUAAUCUUAAUAAUAAUAACUCCAGUAACAAUCAAAUAAGCUACCAAGAAAUAGCCUCCGUUGGCAAUCAACAAUAUUCCACAGGACCUCCUGUGCGCCAAUCAGAACCUUCAAACUAUCGCGCUCCUAAUUUUCAUCCUUCAAAUCAACUUUAUCUACCCACUAUAACUCUGCCAACCUUCAGCGGCUCCUUUGACUCGUGGCUCGGAUUCUAUGAUCUCUUCAACUCUUUAAUACACGAGGACGAGUCUAUCUCGCCAAUCCGUAAAUUAUUUUAUUUAAAGGGCUGUUUAACGGGUGAGGCGGCUGACGUGGUAGCUUCUAUUGAGUCUUCCAGUCAAAAUUACCAAGUAGCGUGGAAAUUGCUACAAGAGCGGUAUGAUGACCGUAAAGUUAUACGCGAAGGCUAUAUACAAUCCUUGAUCGAUACUCCGGUAAUAUCCAAGGAAUUUUCUACGCGUUCAUUCGUGGAUCAUGUGCAAAAGCACUUGCGUGCUCUCCAAACUCUGGGAGAACCUAUUGAGUCAUGGGACUCAUUCUUAGUUGUCCUACUUCGCAAUAAACUAAAUAAUUUUCUUCGCGAGCGAUGGGAGGAAUGUAGUAGUAGCUCUCGUAAGCCUACUACCGAACAAUUUUUAUCAUUUCUGGUGAAGCGGGCUCAAUUUGAGAGCAAGCGCUCUCAAUUGCCAAGUUCGAAACCUGAAAAUGACAGGCAAAAAUAUAAUACUCGAUCAAAUUCACAGGCCAAACAAUCCUAUUCAGCAGCGUUAUUUCAACGCCGUUGUCUUCACUGCUCUAGCAAUGAUCAUUACGUUAGCUCUUGUAAUAAAUUCAAGGAGCUAAGCCCAGUUGCCCGUUACGAAACGGCAAAAAAGAAUCGAUGGUGCAUAAAUUGUCUGCGCAACAACCAUCACGUGACUCAAUGCACGUUUGGUAAAUGUCAAAAGUGUAACCAAAAGCAUCAUACAUUGCUGCACUUUGACAAGUCCAACGGUUCCUCAUCAGAAGGGAGGUCAACUGAGACCCCUUCGUCAGUAGCUAGCUCUCAAGUUAGCUUGCAUGCUACUGUUUCUUCUGAAGCAUUGUUGGCAACUGCCAUUGUCGAUAUCGAAAACCCACAGGGUAAGGUAAAAUCCUGUCGGGUCUUUUUGGAUGCUGGUUCUCAGGCUAAUUUCAUUACUGAGUCCACAGCUCAAUUCUUGAAGUUGGAUCGAAUAACCGUCAACGUGGCUAUCAGCGGAAUUGACGAUUUAAGCACAAAUGUAAAGCAUGCAACUAGAGCCACACUCAAGUCUCGGGUAAAUAAAUUUCAGCAAAACAUUGAGUUUCUUAUAAUACCUCAAAUCAGUAAAUUAAUGCCUUCUGCUCCUAUUGAUCCAACUAAUCUUGAAAUUCCUAAAAAUCUGGUACUAGCUGAUCCAGAAUUUUACAAACCUUCCGAGGUUGAUGCGCUCAUAGGCGUCAAUCUCUUUUAUAAGCUUCUCAGCGUCGGUCAAGUUAAACUCAAAAGUCAUCCUGACGCUAUUCUUCAAAAAACCCAACUAGGUUGGGUAGUUGCUGGCAAAUUAUCUCAGUCAUUUAAAAAACCUCAUCUAUCUUGCCACCUUGCUCUGAAUAAUCAGGCUUCAGAUUUCAAUCUCACUAGAUUCUGGCAGAUGGAAGAGCUUCCAGCGACGAAACACUUAUCACAAGAAGAAAUUCUGUGUGAGGAGCAUUACCAACUUCAUACUAAACGGGACUCGGCAGGGCGAUAUAUCGUUCGCCUACCGUUUAAUAAUAAGAAGGAUCAGCUCGGUGACUCAUAUUCCACAGCAUUGAGGCGCUUUCAAUCUCUGGAAAAACGUCUGAUCAAAGAUAGCUCGAUUUGUAAUGAUUACGUCGCUUUUUUACGGGAGUACCUGGAAUUGAAACACAUGUCUCUUGGAGACAACUCAAACGAGAGCACUUCCGGGUUCUAUCUCCCUCACCAUGCUGUUAUAAAACAAGACAGUGUCACGACUAAAACUCGUGUCGUGUUCGACGGUUCUUCUAAAACGUCCACGGGAAUCUCACUUAAUGAGACUUUGAUGGUCGGUGCUAAGCUGCAAGAGGAUCUCUUCACCAUCCUCGUUCGCCAUCGGUCUCAUUUAUUUGUUCUCACUGCCGAUAUUGAGAAAAUGUAUCGGCAAGUUUUAGUGCAUCCGGAAGAUGCACAAUUUCAGAAGAUAUUAUUUCGCGAUAACCCCGCUGGGCCUAUCUUAACAUAUAUAUUAAACACUGUUACAUAUGGAACUGCCUCUGCUUCUUAUCUGGCUAUUCGAACUCUGCACCAACUCGCUGAUGAUGAAGGUCAGUCUUACCCUCUUGCUGCUAUAGCUCUAAAACGUGAUUUUUAUGUCGAUGAUGUUCUUACCGGUGCAGACACGCACGAUAAGGCCCUUGCUCUACGAGAUGAGCUCGACAAGUUGACUCGUAAAGGCGGCUUCUAUCUGAGAAAAUGGGCAUCAAACGAUCCCACUCUCAUCAAUAAUUGCGACCAACAUCCAAACGCUACCAAUAUGUCGUUGGAUCCAGAUGCUGCUAUUAAAACCCUAGGUAUACAUUGGAAUGCCAGGGAAGAUAGCAUAUUUUAUAGUGUAAAUACAAACAAAGUCAAAGCAAUUACUAAGCGAUCUAUUUUAUCGCAAAUAGCUCAAUUAUUCGAUCCUCUGGGAUUACUUGGACCUGUAAUUUUAUAUGCUAAACUCAUCAUGCAAUUACUAUGGAAGGCUGGUGUUGAUUGGGACGAAUCUAUUCCUCUUGAUGUGCAUACAUUGUGGGUCACUUAUUUAGAGCAACUUCCAUUGAUUGAAUCGGUGCGGUUCAAUCGAUGUAUUACAAUAGCUAGUGCCAAUAAUAUUCAAUUACAUGGCUACUGCGACGCCAGCGAAAAGGCCUACGGGGCUUGCUUGUAUCUUCGUUCGAUUUCUUCUGACGGAUAUGUGCACACGCAACUAAUCUGCUCUAAGUCUCGUGUAGCACCAGUUAGCUCUAUCUCGUUGCCACGUUUGGAGCUUUGCGGAGCUCUCCUGCUUGCCAGGCUUUACCAAACAGUCCAGCAAGCUCUUCUAAUGAACAUCAACGAUUGUUUUUUGUGGUCUGACUCUACUAUUGCGCUUCACUGGAUAAAUACCAGUCCACAUCUUUUAAAAACUUUCGUUUCAAAUCGAGUCGCAGAAAUUCAGCGACUGACUGAACCCUGUCGAUGGCGGCACGUGGUUUCGCUGGACAAUCCUGCAGACCUUGUAUCUCGGGGUCAACUUCCUGCCGAUUUCAUACAAGGUAACUUAUGGCAACAGGGUCCAGUUUGGUUAAGACGCAGUCAAGGGGAAUGGCCCCAGACGAUAUUAUCAGCCACGAACUUGCCAGAUCUUAAACCAACCCCACCAUUAUCUUCUGCAUGCUUCAAACUGGAAGUUCGGGGUCACGAUCUGACCGAGAAAUAUAGUUCUCUCCGUAAAAUCACACGCCUGUUCGCGUAUUUGUUACGCUUCAUAAAUAAUUUGCGUUGUAAAGAGCCUCAAAGAGCACUGAGUCAGUUACAUCAGUCCGAGUUGGAUUCUGCUUUCCUGGCAGUUCUAAAAAUUGUACAAAGGUCUGCCCUUGCUGCAGACAUUGAUCACCUAAAGACUCAUCAUAUUGUCCGAGAGAACAGCAGAUUGAUACCACUAAGUCCCUUCCUUGAUGAAGAAGGCCUCCUUCGUGUAGGAGGUAGACUAUCUCAUGCUGAACUACCUCUGGAGCAGCGCCAUCCUAUUUUACUGCCUGCACAUCAUAUUACUCGUUUGAUCAUCCGCGAAGAGCAUGAACGACUACAUCAUGCUGGUGCUCAAACGACUUUAUACUCUGUACGCCAAAAAUACUGGCCCUUAGACAGCCGCAACACAACGCGAAAGAUAAUACACCAAUGCACCACCUGCUUUCGAGUCAAGCCGCGACUUGCUAGUCAUAUCAUGGGUGAUCUUCCGUCUUAUCGUGUCGAGCAAGCUCGACCUUUUCUCCGCGUGGGAGUCGAUUAUUGCGGUCCGCUAUUUAUUAAAGAAAAGCGAUUUCGCAAUCGCCAAAAAUUAAAGGUUUAUGUAGCCGUUUAUGUCUGUAUGUCCACGAAGGCUGUACACCUCGAGUUAGUCUCUGAUCUUACUACUGAAGCCUUUAUUGCUAGCCUGAAGCGCUUUUUUUCGAGACGCGGAUUAUCUUCCGAUAUUUAUUCCGACAACGGCACCAACUUUGUGGGUGCUAGUCGCGAGCUCCAAGAGCUAUAUACCUUAAUUAAUUCACCAGCUCAUAAGGAGUCGAUUCAGCAAUAUGCUGCUGAUCAAAAAAUAAAUUGGCACUUUAUCCCUCCCAGGGCACCUCACUUUGGAGGGCUCUGGGAGGCUGCGGUAAAAUCGUUUAAGAAUCAUUUACUACGCACAGUUGGUGAUACUUUAUUAACUUUUGAACAGUUAGAAACUUAUAUAACCGAAAUAGAGGCAAUUUUAAAUUCUCGUCCCAUCUCACCGCUAUCUUCUGAUCCAAAUGACCUUCUACCUUUGACUCCUGGACACUUCCUCAUUGGUGGACCACUGACAAGCUUCCCACAGGUAGAUUUCACGGAUACCAACUCCAAUCGCCUAUCAGCUUGGCAACACGCUCAGCAACUAAAGCAGCACUUUUGGAAGCGAUGGUAUAAGGAAUACCUUCAUCAAUUGAUUACCAGAGUUUCUGACAACAAGAACCCUGGCAAUAUUCAAGUUGGUUCAUUGGUUCUCAUCUCUGAGGACAAUCUUCCACCAUUAAAGUGGGCACUAGGUCGUGUCAUAUCAGUUCAUCCAGGAGCAGAUGGAGUGGUACGUGUAGCCACUCUGAAGACGGCAUCCGGCGAGUACAAACGCUGUGUGAAGCGAUUGUGUCCAUUACCUGUCGACUAG